CUUGGACCUAAGAUGGCUGCGCCCUUGAGCUGAAUUUGCAGUCAUUUGACAGUUACAGUUAAUUGCAUGUGGUAAGCCAAAAUGUAAGCAUACAUCCACAAGGGUAACUAUGAUUGUUCAGAAAGUGAGACAAGCACUGAAGUAUGGUAGUGUUGGUGCCCUGGUUGGAGGUUCUGUGUACAUGCUACGUAAGAAUGAUUGGGAAAUGUCAACAGUAGGUGCUGUCAGAUUUGGCAGGGCAGCAGCUGCUGCUGUUAGUAUUGUUGCUGAUUACAAAUGGAAUUUGAGGAAUAUAGAUCCAGAAUCAAAAGAAUAUGAGAUUGUCAAGUCACAGAUCCACACAAGGUCAGCAUUAAAGUUGAGAGCAAUGUGCUGUAAAAAUGGCGGUGCAUUUAUCAAAGUGGGUCAGCACCUUGGUACCUUAGAAUAUCUCCUGCCACAAGAAUAUGUAACCACCAUGAAGGUCCUCCAUAGUGAUGCUCCACAAUCUUCAGUUGAAGACCUGUUCCGAGUAUUUGAGGAAGAUAUAGGUAAAAAGGUAGAUGAUGUGUUUGUUACAUUUUCUCGCGAACCUUUGGGUACAGCAUCUCUGGCUCAAGUCCAUAAAGCCACAACAAAGGAUGGUCAAGUUCUUGCUGUGAAAAUCCAACACCCUAAAGUAAAAGCUCAUUCAUAUGUGGAUAUUAGAACAAUGGAGUUCCUGAUAAAUCGUGUAGCCUGGAUCUUCCCAGACUUCCAGUAUGUUUGGUUAGCUGAAGAAACCAAGAAAAAUCUUCCUAAAGAGUUAGAUUUUAUAAAGGAAGGGGAACAUUGUGAGAGAGCUGCUAAAAUGUAUAGCCAUUUUAAAUUUUUAAAGGUCCCGAAAGUGUACUGGGAGUUCUCCAGUGAGAGAGUAUUGACUAUGGAAUAUUGUGAGGGAGGCAAAGUUGAUGACAGAGAAUACAUGAAAAAGCACAAUAUUGAUGUCAAUGAGAUAUCGAGGGAUUUAGGUAAAUUGUACAGUGAGAUGAUCUUUGUCAAUGGUUAUGUUCACUGUGACCCUCAUCCUGGGAACGUUCUAGUCAACAAGACAAAACAGGGCACACAGAUAGUUCUCCUUGACCAUGGGCUGUAUCAGACAUUGACAGAUGAUUUCCGCAUUAACUACUGUAAAUUGUGGAUGUCACUAAUUCAGACAAAUCUGAAAGGUAUUGAGAAGUAUUCUAAGAAACUGAAUGUAGGAAGGUUGUUCCCCCUGUUUGCCUGUAUGUUGACAGCACGUUCAUGGGAAGCAGUGACACAUGGAAUAGACACGAAGGAGGUCACAGAUCAAGAAAACCAGGAGUUACGUGACAAUGCAGCCACAUAUUUUAUAGAGAUAUCUCAGGUACUGAACAGUAUUCCUCGACAGAUGCUACUCAUAAUGAAAACCAAUGAUGUCUUACGUGGAAUCGAGGCUGCUUUACAGACAAGAGCGAAUGCUUCUUCAUUUAUAAACAUGUCCAAAUGUUGUAUACGUGCACUAGGAAGAGAAAAGUUACAUAAUUGUGAUGGGUUGUUUCAGACAUUCCGGACUCGUGUUUACACACAGUUUCAGUUAGCUAGAAUUGAGAUAUAUGAAUUUAUACUGUGGUUACGGACAUCUGUUUUAGUGAGAUGGUUGUCAAGGAACAAGCAGUUGACUUCCAGCUGAUGUUUAUGAAUUUAGGUGUUCGAAUUUCAGCUUGUGUCAGAUUAGGUUGAAUAAACUCUUUUUACAUGUCAGUAUUGGCUUGGCAUUAUUCAGGUCAUUUAUACACCUGUAAUAGUUGGCUGUAACCACGCGCCUAACAUUACUGUAGAUUGGCAAAUUUUCUAGACACUUCUAUUUUGUUUGAUAGGCAACAGUCCUGGUCAAGUUAAAAACACUUGACUGAUAGCUAGUGAUUCUUCUUUAAUAUUAUUAUAAAUAGCAAAAUUAUUUUUAUCUUUUCAAGAUUAACAAUAAAUCAAAAGUGAACCUGCUGAUAAAAAGUAAAUUUCUAUCAGUCCAAAAAUCAUAUGAAGUAUUGUGUGAUUUAUUUAUAUUGUAGAUGAGAAUUUGAAUGUUAUGUAUGCAGACUUUGUUUUAUUACAUUAAGUGUUCAGUGGUUGAUAUUAUAAUUCAGGUAUCAAAUAGUAGUUGCUUGUUUUAUACAGUGAAAUCAUUGAUAUCCAUGGUGGACUAAUUUUUAUGGAUUUUGUGGUUGAGUCAGUGCAUGAAAUUAUAUCUCAGCAAACAAGUAAAAUUCUAAGGCUUUAUGUUCAGAAGUUGCAGUCCAUGGAUUCAUAUCUUCUGGAAAUAGCAGAUUUUUGUCAAAACCAUGAGAUUUCUACCCAAUGAAAAUAAAUGAAUUCACAGCAGUUUAAAUACUGUGAAAUCAUGAAAUU